AUGACUUUGGACUUUAGAGUAUGUAAAAUUGAGGGUGAUGCGGCCAGGGAAAGCCAUAGGGCAAACCAUUCUGCAUGGGGGAAAGGUUUGACUGUGAACCAAUACUUGAAACGCGAGCAGCUUCUGGGAAGCCAGAAACCCUGUACAAAAGGUCGACUGGCUUACUGGGUUGCUGAGGAACUUUGUGAAUCUGGAUGGAGAGUAGUUUCUACUUGUGAAAUUCUAACUCGGCCUGCUAUCUACAGUGUUGGAGGCCAACAAGUCCGCUCAACUUUGAGUCAUACUGUUGGUGCAGUUUUUACGCCUGAGGAGCACCGCGGACACGGUCAUGCCAAGCGGAUGUUGGAGUACAUUGUGAAUGAGUUUGAUAAAGGUCUUGAAGGAGAGUUUGGAAGUCAUUUUAAGGAUAUUAUCGACCCAGAUUCUACAGUGGCCCAUGAACAAGUUGCUCAGGCGUUUUCCAUUUUGUGGUCGGAUAUUGGCGCGUACUAUAGUAUGUUUGGAUAUGCUUUGACCUCUUCAGAACAGCUCCAAGUACCGGUAGACAAGAUGGUAGAAGCGCCUCAAGUUGAGUGGCUGGGUGAAGAGGACGUGAAAGCAUUUGCGGAACGAGACUGCGCCAACUUUGAGGCGCAAGUACAAGCUCUUGCUCAGCGCGAUGGAUGUGUCCGUGCGGCAAUUGUGCCGUCGCAUGAAGUUCAUGUAAUGACCCAUGCGAGAGUGCAUUAUUUGGCUCCCCUAAUGCGGCCAGACUUGCAAAUUCCCGUGCGCCGGUUUGGUGCCAAGGCAGGUGCGUUAUCUAUGCUUUGGACUUUAGAUUUUGCUGGCGAUAAGCUGGCUAUUUUACGCGUCCAAACAAAGUUAGAAGAAGAAGAAGAAAAUAACCAAAAAGAAGUUGUUUUAAAAGACUUUGAAACUUUGAUCAAAGCAGCUCUCUCCGAGGCACUUGCUUGGAACCUCGGGUCUGUGGUGCUGUGGGCACAGGACGUUCCGCGGAACCUUUCUGGAGACCCACUUUUGACACUUGAGGAGAUGGCAGCAGCUGUUGGGUGGACUGAAAGUGGAGCACGCGUUCUUUUGCGCGACACAUCAUGGCCUAUGGUACGAACGCUACAUGGCUACGCGACCUUGGGACCCGGGCCCGUUGUAUUUGACGGUCGGUACGCGUGGUUUUAG